GCUAAAAGUCCGCCAUUUUUGUUUUCUGAGGUUAGAUGAUAAAAAGCUGUGGAAGCAAAACAGACAAUAACAAUACAGUAAUAACAUAAAAAAAUAAGCUAUUAGAUACUAUAAACCCUAAGUGAAUAAUAAAAUUAUUGUAAUGCGGCAUGAAACAUUCCAUGACACGACAGAUUUAAAGAAGCGCAAGCCAAAUCGUCUCCGAGGAACUCCAGCAAAUAAAUAUUCUCAUGCGUUAAGUUUUGCUUGUGUUUUAGGGUUCACGUUGGGUUGUCAUUUAUUUACAAGAGCCGACUGGGCGCAACCUUACUUAACCCGCUUUUUCGAGAAGACAGCACCGUCAGUGCACCAGGAACGGCAAAAGUGGAUGAUAAAUGACCCGUUGAUAAACUCAAUAAUAAAAAACAAGCAGGAAAAAGAAGAAGGAAUCGUAAGAGAAGACGGACGAGUUUAUAGCUCGGCUACCUACUAGAUAAUUUUAGUAAAAUGGAUACCAAAAGCACACGCGGCGGAAAGGAGAAGAAUGAUAAGAGAGUUUCGUCGGCUAGCGAGGAUAGUUUGAAUGAUUUUAAGACUCCUCCGUCAACUAGGGCUUCCAAGUUGUCGGAUGUUAAAUACAGUGGGUUUGACAGCGAUAAUUCUCCGGCUGUAAGAUCUAUUAAUUCUAGUUUUGAUAAUAGACCAGAUGAAAACCAACCCGGACCAUCAAACCCCAAAAAGCCAACCAAGAGACCAGUAUCACCUCCAGACGACAGCUUAGCCGACUUCAAGUCUCCCAAAUUAGGACCCAAACCUACCGUAAAACUCCUUGACAAGCCCAUAAAUAAAACAAGGUCCAAAAAACCAAACCGGAAGCUUAAUACUAACAAAAAAGACUCUAAUCAAAUGUCAAUAGAAUCAUCAUUCUUCAAACCAACAACAUCAUUCCCCUGUCCCCUGUGUUUAAAAACUUUCUCAGACUCUACAAGCCAGAUCGCUCAUUCAAAAACCUGCGCCUCUAAAAAUAAAGUAUCAACACGAAAAUUAUUAGAAGCUGUAGCUUUACAAGAGCGUCAAGCUGAAGAGCGUCGCGCAAUUGGCUUGCCAGCUCAACCUUUUGCGCAGCCUCGAAGAAAAUCUACGUUCCGACGUUCAGAUUUUCGCUCAGAAGAUCCUAAUGUUCAAUUAGCACUCGCGUUGUCUGAGUCUCUUAAAGAAGCUCAGGAUUUAGAAGAAUUAGACGCUGCAAUUGCUUUAACUGGCGAAGAAAUUUUAUUGAGCUCCUCUCAGAGGCAAAAUACGCUUAAGAAUUUUGGAUUUUUGACUAAUAAGCAGACUGUUGAAGUAAUAGAAAGACCUAAAAAGAAGAAAUUGAACUCUCAGACUGUUCUUCAGACCCGGACGCAAGAAACUAGGCAGAGGUUGUUAGCUGAAAGGAUUGCUGAGGUCAUUGUUGAUAAUUCUGAUACUACUUGGGUUAAUUUGGAGGUUCAAGAUGAGCUGGGAGAGAUUAAAUUGAUCAGUAAGGUGUUGAAGGAAAUUUUGGAGCCGGGAAGAAAACUUUGGAAUGGUUCUGCUGGGAGAAAAAGAGGUGAGUUUUAUUAUGUUAAAAAUUUAGAGGGAUUUAUUGAUCCAAUAGAUCAGAAUAUUGAUCCAGGUGAUGAUUUUUUUGAUAAAAAUAAAAUUUUAGAGUUAGAUUUUAAGGAAAAAAUUUCUAGAGAGUUUAAAAAUAAGAAAAAAGAUAAGAAAAGGUUUGAAGAAAUGGAAAAUGCUCUUGAAUCUUCGAAAAAAAUUUUGGAACGGUCAAAAAGUGUCUUAGAAUCUGCUGAAAAUUGUAGCUUUAAUUCUUCUGAAGAAAAUUUAAUUUUAAAUGAAAAAAAUUCUAAAGAAGAAAUAAAAAAUAUAAAUUCUUUAAAUGAUGAAAAAAAUAUUGAAGAAAUUUCAAAAAAGCGAAAAUUAAUUGGAGAAAAUUCUCAUAAAACAGAAGAAAUAAAAAAAGACAAUGAAGAAGAAAUAAAUAAAGAAGAUAAAAAAAAGAUCGAAGAAAUUUCAAAAAAAAAUGUAGAAAAUUCUCUAUCAAAUAGUUGGAGAAAAAUGUUAAAUUCUUCAGAUUUAAGCGAUGUAAUUAUUUUAUGUGAAGAUAAAUUUAUUUACGGUCAUUCUGUUGUUUUUUGGACUCGUUGUCAAUUUUUGUACCGCGAUUUAGUCAAGAUUGAUCAAGUUAAUAUAAAAAAUCUAGGAUCUAUAGAUCAAUUUAAGUACCAGAUAAAUUGGAGAGACAUUGAUUUUUUUACCGCUUUAGUAUUUCUAGAAUUUAUUUACUGUGGGUAUAUUGAAGAUUUAAAAGUAGAAUUUGAUAAAUUGAAUUUGAUGGUUGAAAAAUAUAAAUAUGAUGAAUUGAGCGAGUAUUUAAAAAAUUGUACAGAUUAUAACUAUUGUAAUAAUUGUAAGAAUAAUGAGAGUAUUGAUGAAGAAGUAGCGAAUUUUUUGUCUCCGGGUAAUUUUAAGAGUAAUAAUACGAAUUUAACUAUGUCUCCGGAUAUUUUUGAUGAUGAAGAUUCAAUCUGUGAUAAUUUUGGUAAAAUAGAAACUAAAAAAGAUUUAAGUAUUGAUUUGAAUUUUUUAAAUGAAGAAGUUGAUAAAAAAGAAGAAAUAAUUGAUAAAAAUUCAAAAACUCUAAGAAGAUCAUCAACUUGUCCAGAUAUUGAAAAAAUUCAAAGUUUUUCUGAAGAUUUGAACAACACUUUAAAAAAAACACGGAGUGAUUUAAGCGUAUUUAUAGAAAAAAUUCAAAGAAGAAAUGCUAGAGACAUUUUAGCUGACAGUGAUGAUGAUUCAUUGCUUCCCGAGAAAGAAACUAAAAAAAUUAACAAAUUUAAAAAAGUAGAUCAGUCUUUAACCGACAGGUACAAAAAUAUUGACCUAAACUCUUGUAAUAUUAAUUUGCGGCGCGGAAGUCGAUUUUGGGCUGCGAAGAAAUCUAUUGAAAAGCCUGAAAAAGUUGUUAAAAAAUCAGCAUUAAGUAUUUUUGAAGAUGAUAUUAGAGAAAAAGUUUCUAAAGAUCAAUUAAAAAAUUAUGAGAUUGAGAGCGAUGAAGAAAUUAAAGAUCUUUCUAAUUUAACGCAGAGUUUUGAAAGUAAUGAUUUAAAUAUUUCUAUGUAUUCUAAAUAUAAACUUACUCAUAAGGAGAAUAGUAUCGCGUAUUAUAGAAAUUUGAUAAAAGAAAGCGAGUCUGAAGAAGAAAUACUUAAUUUUAGCCAAAAAGUCUCAGAACAAGGUCUUAAGAGCCCAGCGCCAUCUGUUGGAUCAAAUAGACAAGAAUUCUUAGAUCUGUGCAGCCCAGCGCCAUCCAUUGGGUCAAAUAUUGAAACAGAAAAAGACGCCAUCUUGGAAGAUGAUAAAAAUUUAGAAGAAAAUGUUUCAAGUCAAAAAUCUCUUCUUGAUAUUGAAUUUAAUGAAAAUGAUUUUGAAGAUGAUGAUUUUGUUGAUGAAAUAAUUGAAAAGUCUUUUAGUUUACAAAAAUCUGUUGAAUUUAAAGGUUAUAGUCGGUUUUUAAACUCUGAUGAAGUUAUUGAUGUAGAUGAAAAAGUCUCAGAAGGUUUUAAGAGCCCAGCGCCAUUUGUUGGAUCAAAUGAUGAAUUAGAAAAAAACCCCAUCUUCAAAGAUGAUUUAGUGGUUAAAAUUGAUGAUAAAAAUUUAGAAAAAAGUAAAAAAUCUCUUCUUGAUAUUGAGUUUAAUGAAAAUGAUUUUGAAGAUGAUGAUUUUGUUGAUAAAAUAAUAGAAAAGUCUUUUUGUUUACAAAAUUCUUUUGAAUUUAAAGGUUAUAGUCAAUCUUUGAAUUCUGAUAAGGUUAUUGAUGUAGAUGAAGAAGUCUCAGAAGGUUUUAAGAGCCCAGCGCCAUCUGUUGGUUCAAAUAGACAACAAUUCUCAGGUCUUUGUAGCCCAGCGCCAUCUUUUGGUUCAAGUAUUGAAAUAGAAAAAGACGCCAUCUUGGAAGAUGAUAAAAAUUUAGAAAAAAGUGUUUCAAGCCAAAAAUCACUUCUUGAAUUUAAUAAAAAUAAUUUUGACGAUGAUGAUUUUGUUGAUGAAAUAAUAGAAAAAUCUUUUUGUUUACAAAAAUCUGUUGAAUUUAAAGGUUAUAAUCAAUCCUUUAAUUCUGAUAAAGUUAUUGAUGUUGAUGAAGAUGAUAAAUCAAAAGAUUCUUUUAAAAAUCAGAGUUUUAGCAAAGAAAAAAUGAGAAGAAUAUCGACAACAAAUCAAAUAUAUUUACAAGAAUUAUCUAGGUACGAUUUAUACAAACCUGAAGGAAAUAUUGAUGAAGAAUCAGUUUUGGACCUAACCUUAAGUGAUGAAGAAAAAGAAGAAGAUAAAAGUUGUAAGAGACAAAGGUCUGAAGACUUAGUUAUUGAGUCGGACGAAGAAAUGUUUUCAGUAAAAAAAAAAAAAAACUCGACUUCUCUAAGUCUAAGUCAAGACAUAGCUUCACAGGGAAAAACAAUAACUUCUAACCUCACAAAUAUUUUAAAAGAAUGCGGAGUUAUUUCUCCGACUCCUAAAUCGCCUAUUUUAAUAUCUGAUGAUUCUAGAGACUCAUUUGAAUUUUCGCGGGCUAUUUUUGAAGGUGGCGCUGAAGGUAGUUUUGUAACUUCAACACAAGCGCCAUCUAGUAGUUCUAAUUUGAGGUUAAGAAGAUCAACAACUGUUUCGCCGGUUAAGAAGAAAAGAUUGUUGAUAAAUAAAAGCAAGAGUGAUUUUUCUUUUAAUUUAAAAAAUAAUGAAGAAAUUAAUAAAGGAGAAAUAAAUAAAAAAAUAUUAAAUAAAGAAGAAAUAAACAAUGAAAAAAUAAAUGAAGAAGAAAUAAAUAAAAAAAUAAAUGAAGAAGAAAUAUGUAAUUAUUUAAAAUUAAAUAAAGAAAAUGUAAUAGUAUCUUUAAAUAUUGAACCAAAAAUUGACUAUAGUCUUCUUUCUACCCCAGAAUUAAACCGGAAGUUAAAUUUAUAUGGUUUAAAAAACCAAAAGCGCCAUCGUGCGGUCAAAUUACUUACUUACAUUUAUGAGUCGCUUAAUCCGUUAAUUCCUGAAGAAAUUGUACAAAAAAAAUCGGGUUUUUUUGAUAAGCAAGAAGAAUAUAAAUGGAGAAUUGACUCCCUUUUGCGGACGGAUGAUGAAGAUGAUAAUAAUAAAGUUUCUGGGGAAGAAAAAAAUGAUUGUGAGUCUUUAUCUUCGGAGCUUCCGGAAGAAAUGGAUCUUGGUGAUGAUGAAUACGACCAGAGAGAUCUUAAAAGUGUUAAGGAAACUUUUGGAAUAUUACUUGGGGAAGAUGAUGAUCUUCAUAGGAAAGUUUUGACGUAUGAAUCGCUUCCACUGGAAACUUUGCACGGUAUGAUUAAAGACCGAGGAGUUAAAUGCAGUGUUAGGGUUUUGAUGGAUUACUUGAAUGAAGAGUGCAUAGGCUUUUAUGUAGAAGCUCCCAAAAAGUGGUCGAAUGGUCGAAGAAAACCUAAAAAAUUAAAAUAAGAUUUUUUUUGUUUGUAAUUUGUAUUCUUAAUUUAUUAAAUUUGUAAAUUUAUU